AAAAAGCAAUGACGUCGAGCUUUGUUGUAUUCUCUGGUGGAUCUGCCUGCAAUCACAUUUUGAAAGCAUUUCAUAACAAUGCUAGUGAUGACCAAGUGAGCUACAUACUUGGUAUUAGUGAUAAUGGAGGAUCAACGAGUGAAAUCCUUAGAGUCUUGGGAGGCCCCAGUGUGGGUGAUUUAAGAUCAAGACUGUUGAAAUUAAUUGAUAUAUUUCAUAAUAACCAAGAUCAAGAAAUGAUUGCUAUAAAAAACUUACUAAGCUAUCGUUUACCUAUGAAUGGAAAAGAUGAGUGGUCGUUGAUCACAGAAGGCAGACACAAAAUUUGGAACAACAUUUCUGUAGAAAAAAAGGAAGCUAUUCGAGGAUUCUUAACCUUAUUUGAUUUUGAAAUCCUAAAAAGAGCCCAUAAACGAUUCAACUUUUGCAAUGGAAGCAUAGGAAAUUUUCUCCUUAGUGGAGCAAGAAUAUUCACUGGAUCAUUAGAAGCUGCUAUCUUUUUGUUUGCAUCCAUCAUUGGCGUACCAAACAACCUUGUUAUACCAGUCAUCAAUACCAAUCAAACAGCGACUAUUGCAGCCACCUUGAUCAACGGACAGACAUUGAUCGGCCAAUGUGAGAUAUCACACCCACCUUUAACCACAAACAACGUAACAAUUAAGAGAAAGAUGAACCCCAUUGAUAUCUUCACUUCACUAGAACAAGAAUCUUUUAUCAUACAUCAGCAUGAAAAAGAUGAAAGCUCAAACCUAUUCUUUUCAAAACAAGUUAAUGAAAAGUUAGACUCACCAAUUCAAAGAAUAUAUUAUAUCAAUGAAUAUGGACAAGAAAUCUUUCCAGUGCCUAAUUCAAAGGUCAUAAGUCAGUUAUCAAACAAGGAAACACUCAUCUAUUCUAUUGGGUCACUCUAUACCUCAUUAAUACCAUCAUUGGUGCUAAGAAAUAUUGGAAACGCAAUUGCACAAUCACAAAGCCUAAAGUAUAAAAUAGUCUUACUCAAUGGCUCCAACGAUCGUGAAACAUGUGAUUACACUGCACUAGACUUUAUUUAUGCUAUCACAAAUGCACUUAAUGAAAGCCAGCGCAUUGAUGCUCGUCGUGCAUUUUAUGAUCACCCAGAACAUUACAACAGCAGCAAUAACAGUAGUAACAACAAUAGCACUGACGCAAGUACUGUCAGCAGUAUAUGCACACCACCCUCUUCUUACCCACCUUUCCCUGAUCAUCUAUUCUAUCCAAGUUCGAUUUCAACCUUUAUUACCCAUAUGAUUUAUUUGGAUAAUACGACCAUACAUGUUGAUGUAGAGGCUAUUGAAAGAUUAGGUAUUCGAUGCAUCCCUAUUAAAGGCUCUCUGUCAGAUACGGGUGAGCCAAUCUACCUUGAAUCUACCCUAUCCGAAACUAUUCAUCAACUUGUCAUGUAAAUAUUUCCUUCAUUUCAUUUACACAAAAUUAUAUUCCCUCAUAAUAAAUCACACGCAAAACCUGGC